AAACAAAAUGGAACCCCUUGGUUAACAGUAUGACGAUCGCCGAUUUUGAAAACAGAUGGGAAGGGAUUGUGUCCACUUGGUCGACUAGGAACCGGAGAGUCGUGCAAUAUUUGGCAGGAACAUGGAUUCCUCACAAAGAGAAAUUUGUGCGUGCGUGGACGAAUGAUUGUUUGCACUUGGGUAACCAGACUACCAGUCGAGUUGAAAGUCAACACUCUUCCUUCAAGUACUACUUGGGUAGCGGUAAUAGCUCAUUCGAUACGCUGUUUAAAAGGGCGCACGCACAAAUUAUGAAUCAACAAUCAAAAAUAAGACAAGCUCUUGAGGAAUCUAAGAAUUCCAUUUCAAGAACGUCGCGACUAAAUUUUCUACGACCGUUGUAUCGUCAUGUUUCUAUAUUUGCCUUGGAACUAUUGAUGAUGGAGCACAACCGGAUGCUAACCCUGGGCAGUUGUCUUUUAGAAAAAUGCGGUUGUGUCAUUCAAAAAACCCACGGAUUACCAUGCGCGUGUUACUGUUACUUGUCUAUCAGGUCUAAUGGUGCUCUGUACUUGGACGAUAUACAUCCGUUUUGGAAAACGUUAAAGUAUUUAGAUGCAGAAGAAGACGCGAACGAAGAAGUACGGCACGCAAACGCCGAUGAUAAAGAGUACUUUCAAUCGUUGGUGGAUGAAGUUUUAAAAUCCGACCCCUCAGUACUACGACGCGUCUCUCAGGUACUUGAACAUGAGCUGCACCCCGAUGGUGACGACAUACCUGAGCCCGAAGCAAGUCCACCGAGGAAAGGAAGACCAAUGACAAGCAGAACCUUGAGGAGAAACAAAAGUGCGUUUGAGUACAGUAGAUCGUCCUCAAGGGGUCGCGGAUCAAGAUCAUCAUCACGCGGGAGAUCCAGUGGUAGAUCAAGCAGCCGGUCGCAUCAAUCGUCAGUUGGAAUUAACUUCAGUUUCAACUUAUCAGAUGGUGCAGCAGGUCGUGAUUUUUCACUUUUUCCGUGGCCAGAUCACAUUCCAUUUAUUCUUCCGCCAUAUCUGUUUGAUUGGAUUGAUGUUAUAGGUGACGGUAAUUGUGGAUUUAGAGCUAUUGCCGCCACAGAGUUAGGGGGUGAGGAAGCAUGGCCUCUGUUACGACGUGCAAUGAGUUUGGAAAUGGAAACGCAUAGAGAACAAUAUGCACGCUUAUAUUUAUCAGCAGAUUCGGUGGAGGAAGCUAUAUUCAGAGUUGGUGCCCACAAUAAAGGACCUGCUCCGUACGAUCACUGGUUGGAAGCGACAACACUGUAUUCUGCAGCAACAUUUUUAAACAUAGCAAUUGCGUAUUAUGGCUCUGCGGAUGGUCAUCCAAUGUACAAUUGUUUAGUGCUUCCUUUAAGAAGAACAGGGGGAAUGCAUGGCGUAAAUAAACUUAUACAUAUUCUUUGGGUAAACGGGAAUCAUUAUGUUCAGCUUUUAAUGAACGAUGAUUCAUCUCCACUGCCGCCAGUCCAACAAAAUUGGAGAGCAGCUAACAAUUCAUGUGCAGAUUUAGAAAGACAAUAUCGUAAUAGGAUAUCACUUUGGAGUAGAAUGUGCAACAUACAACGACAACAGCAUAAUAACACCGCCGGAGACGCGGUGAAUUUAGAAUAUCCAUAG